CGAUGAUUGAAAUAAAUAAAUAAAUAAAAAUGGGGAGAGUCGAAUUAGCAAAUCUAAACUAACCCUUAAUAGAAAUUAGAAAGUGAAAGUGCGCGUUUUAUUACAUGGCUCUGUUUGGCCGUUGUCCCAUGGUUGUGGCGCUUACACAUAAACUCAAAGUCGAUUAUGUUCUUCCACUUUGACCGACCUCUCCCCAAAACCCCUCACACACACACACACACACACACACACACACACACACACACACGCUGUAACUCUCUCUCUUGCUCUCUCGCUAUCGGCAACUCGUCCUUUUGAAUCGUUUAUAAUUUCAUUGGGGAAGCAAAAAAAUGUUAUUUUCUCGGGGAUUUUCUCGGAUUGGAAGAAAUAGCUUCAAUGGAUUGUGUCGGUGUUUGCGCUUUCGUCGUAUGGACGCACAUCAAUUAUUUGUCUCCAGCAUUUAUUCUCAGUCUCUAAGUGAAUCGACCCAGAAGAUUUUGGGUUGCAGAGAUUUCUUUUCUUGGGGAUUGCCGCCUGUUUUCCAUGGCUAUAGGCACCAAAUUCACCAUCAAAGCAGCUCCAUAGUUGAGGAACCACUUGACCCAUUCUCCCUUGUUUCCGAUGAGCUGUCACUUAUUGCUGACAGGUUGCGGGACAUGGUAGUUGCUGAGGUCCCUAAGCUUGCCUCUGCUGCUGAGUACUUCUUUAAAAUAGGGGUGGAGGGAAAGAGGUUUCGUCCCACGGUCCUAUUGCUAAUGUCAACAGCUCUGAAUGUCACAGUACCUGAACCUCCUACACAGUUGAGAGAGGCUUUGUCAACGGAACUGCGUGCAAGACAGCAAUGUAUUGCAGAAGUCACAGAGAUGAUUCAUGUGGCAAGUCUUCUACAUGAUGAUGUAUUGGAUGAUGCAGAUACAAGACGAGGUGUUGGUUCAUUAAAUUGUGUAAUGGGAAAUAAGUUAGCUGUUUUAGCAGGGGAUUUCCUGCUUUCCCGAGCUUGUGUCGCACUUGCCUCUCUAAGGAACACAGAGGUUGUAUCAUUACUUUCAACAGUUGUAGAGCAUCUUGUGACAGGUGAAACCAUGCAAAUGACUACUACAUCCGAUCAACGUUGUAGCAUGGAAUAUUAUAUACAAAAGACGUAUUUCAAGACUGCAUCAUUGAUUUCAAACAGUUGCAAGGCAAUCGCCAUUCUUGCUGGGCAUACAGCAGAAGUUGCAAUGUUGGCUUUUGAGUACGGAAAAAAUCUGGGAUUGGCAUUUCAAUUGAUUGAUGAUGUUCUUGAUUUCACGGGUACAUCAACUUCUCUUGGAAAGGGCUCUUUAUCUGACAUCCGCCAUGGCAUCAUAACCGCUCCAAUAUUGUUUGCCAUGGAAGAGUUUCCUCAGCUGCGUGCAGUCGUCGAACAGGGCUUUGACAACCCUGCUAAUGUUGAACUCGCUCUUGACUACCUUGGUAGGAGCCAUGGGAUACAUAGGACAAGGGAGCUAGCCACAAAACAUGCAAACCUUGCCGCAUCAGCAAUCGAAUCUCUGCCCGAGAGUGAAGACGAAGAUGUCAGAAGAUCAAGGAGGGCGCUCCUAGAUCUCACCCACAUAGUCAUUACAAGAACCAAGUGAUGGAGAAGAUAUGCACCAUAAUGACAUAAUAAUGCGUUGAAGCUCAAUUAAUUGGUCAUUGUCCCUAUUAAGGAUGAGGGACAAUUUUCCGUUGUUUUCAUCAUAUUCUUUCAAUUCUUCCCCUAUUUUUGUUUUUCAAAAUUUUUUUAGAGGACUACAUUUUGCUUUUCUUUUUUCUGUAAAAUUUUCCUUUAUCCCUCGUUAUGUAAAUUAAACUCUGUGGAGAGUAAGGAUAUCACAUAAUUCUCUCAGAUUCUGAUAAAAUGAUGCACCUGGGAUCGCAUUUACUCUGCUUUAAGAAUGAAGCUAGCAGUAAAUUUCAUCUCU